GUCGUCGGGCUGUCGAGAAGCCCUGAGGAAACCGUAGGAAGCCGCCAACGUCCUCCACCAUCGCCGAAGGAAGUCUUCGCUUCAACAGCAAAGCAGAUCCGGAGACUUGAACAUCGGAACACGCUUCGAAGAUGCCGCGGCCAAUUUCAAAAGGAAUUUCUCAAUUAACGGCACGAGGACAGAUUGAGAGGCGGCGGCCACCGUUCCUCAGAGCUUCCACCAAAGCCAAGGAGACGGAACGUAUCAGUGGAACCAAAAUGGAUUCUGCACACAGCGGGGGUGCCAUAGAGGAGGGUAGCGACGAGGAUCUGUCACCGGAUGCUCUGGUCAGACAAAAUUAUGAACUUCGUCUUCGUCUGGAGGAGGCCGCGGAUUACAAGAAACGUCUGGACAAGUAUCGACUGGCUCAACAACACCAGGCUGCUCUUGUCUCGCGUUUACAAGCUAAAGUAUUGCAGUACAAACAGAAAUGCUCCGAGCUGGAAAAUCAGAUGGCAGAAACGAUUCCGUGCGAUACUAGUAAACGAACGAUCGCCACGGUAUCCUCCACUUCAGCAUUGGAGGCCGCCCAUCAGACCCUUCGGGACAUACGCGAGGAGCAGAUUCACGACAUGGACACCGCCUUGAAGAAACUUGGCGAGGAACGGCGAAGAUGCGAGGAGCUUCUGCACCUAAACACGUCCCUGAAAAAUCAACUCGAGGAGUCCCAUCAGACGAACGAAGCGCUGACCAACGAUCUUCAGAAGCUAAGCAACGACUGGGACGUACUGCGCGACGAACUGGCCAUCAAGGAGGACGAAUGGAAGGAAGAGGAACAGGCAUUCAACGAAUAUUACAUUUCCGAGCAUAACAGAUUGCUGAAUCUGUGGCGCGACGUUGUGUCUGUCAAGAGAUUGUUCGCGGAGAUGAAAUCCACCACGGAGCGGGAUUUGUCCAAGCUACAGAAUGACAUCAGUGCAAUGUCCAGCGAAGUGACGGCAACGUGCAACAGUACAAAUUUCAUUAUGAAACUGCAAGCGUCUACGAUCCAAUCACCAUCCCAGAGAAUACAGCAACAGGAGGAGGAGCAAGCUGCAACCACCCUGAAGAUGGAGAUCGCGACACUCAGGCAACAACAGGUCGCCAAUCAACAUGAGAUCCGUACGAAAGACGAACGGAUAGAUCAGCUUAUUCGAGAAAUCCGCAAUUUAGAAGAAAGAUGUGGCGUUUCUGAAGCAGCGGUAACUCAAAGUGCACGCAUGCAGGAAGACAUUGAGGUAUUGGAAUCGGCAUUACGAGACAUCGCGCACGCUGUAAUCCAAGAUGCCGAAAGUCGGGAUGUCGCGGCCGAUGCGAAACUGACAUCGCACAUUCACCUAUCGGCUACUCAAUCAAUCCUGCAAAGAUCGCCGAAGAGAGUGAAGAGCACCAUACCAGCAUUGGCUGAAAGUACUAUAAGCGCUGUACGAGCGGCUCUACAAAAAUAUCAAUUAACUAUACAUGAAUUACAGAUAAAAUUACAGACGAACAAGGAACAGCUUUCGACAAUACGUAAGCAGUGCGACUCUGCUGAGGAAAACGCUCAAACGUUAAAUACAAAAGUCGCAGACCUGAUUUCUCAAUUGGACACGUGUCGCUCGGAAUGUACGCAGCUGAAUCAAGAAAAGGAUAUGUUGCAACAAGUUCUUGACGUCGUGAAGUUGGAGAAAAAUGCUCUGGAAAAAGCUAAGAUGGAACUUAACAGUGCGUUGGAGGCUCUUAAAAAUAAUAAUGAAAAACUUCAGAAGGCAAAUAAUAAGUACCAAAAGAUAUGUGAUGAGUUGGAAGAUGAAAAAUCCGAUCUGCAAAACAAGCUUUCUCGAAUAUCAGGAGAAGCUGAUAUAAAAGAAUUAAAUUUGCGAUCAGAGGAAGAAAAAUGCAGCAAAAUGAGAGAAGAGCUUUUAACACUGCGAGAAGAUUUAAGCAGGGCUUACCUUGCCAAAGAUAUGUUGGAGCAGCAGAAGUUGGAAACUGACUCAUUAAUUUCUCAAAUCGAGAAAAAUAAAGGCGAUCUCGAAUUGGAAUUGGAGCGAAUAUUAUUGGAAAAGUCAGAGGUACAGGAAAUUGUGCUGAAUAUGGAAAGAAUGUGCUCUAACUGCGAACAGGACAAAGAGAGAUUACAAGAAGAAUUGAAAAAAAUGACAGAUGAGAGGAACAAGCUUGCGAGUGAAUGUAGCGAUCAGCAGAGGGAUUUAGACUCGCUGAGAACAGAAUUAUUACGGGCAGAGCAGACCCGUCUCGCCAUAGAAUCCGAGAAAGUCGGUUUGAAUGAAAAAGUUAAAUUUCUUGAGACAGAAAAGGACAGAGUGGAGAUAGAUUUGGGUCAGGUGACUCGCGAACGCAAUGAUUUGAGUAAUCAACUGUCGGUGCUAGCGCGAAAGAAAGACAAAUUGAAUGAGGAACUCAUUAGACUCAAGCAGAAACUGGAACAAUGCAAUGAAAUGAAUACACGAAUAAAUAAAAACUUGAAGGAUCUUGUGAAAGAUAAUGAAGAGAAACAGGUGCUUUUAGAGACAAAUGAAAAGGAAUUCCAAAGGUUGCAAGAACAGUUCGCGUCAAUGCGCGCCGAGAAAGAGAUAUUAGAAGAAGUAAUAUUUAACACAGAAAAGAAUCUGGAAACCACACAUGGCACGAAGACACAGCUGGAGAAAGAGCAAAAAGAGAUGUUGAUAAAACAGGAAAGUCUGAAGGAACAAGUAGCACGAUUAACAACAGAAUUAGAAAAUAGCGAGAAACGCGCGCAAGAUAUGAAACAGUCGCUUACACAACAGAGUGGCAAUCAGGCCGCCGAAUUUGAACAAAUUAUAUCCAACAUGAAGAAACAAUCGGAAGAUAGCGUAAAGAAAAUAGUCGACGAGAAAGAGCAAGUGAAAAUAAGCUUAGAGAAACGGAUGCAACAGUCUAUGUCACAACUGGAGCAGGACAAGAACGAGGAAAUCGGUCAAUUACAACAGCGAAUAGAGGAAUUGCAACAACACAUAGAGAGCUUGUGCCAGCAGCAUGAAGAGAUACUUCUUAGAGCCGAAAAUGAUAAGCAACAGGAACUUCUCAUGGCUCAUCAUGAUCAACAGGCUUUGGUGGAAAAGAUCGACUCUAUCACGCGUGAAUUGGACGAAGAGAAGAUCACAUUUGAACGCGUUAAAAGAGAGACUGCUGCACGCGCCGAGCAAGAACGCAAUAACACGAAUCAACUGCGCGAUGAAUUAAACCGCCUCAGAACGAAGCUGGACGAGAUGAAGUUGAAGGCGGAUGAAGAGAAGAUUAAACUUGAGUUGCAGAUAAAAGAGCUCUGGAAGGAACGGGAAUCCGCGGAGAAAGAAGUCGAAGAAUUACAGCUCCAGUUACACAUGACAGAGGACAAAGUGGACGGACUGCAAAAGCAAUUACACGAUACCAUUAGGAAACUUAAGGAUGCUGACAAUGUUAAUGAGACUCUGGGCAAGGAAUUGAUGGAUGUAAGGAGACAAUUGGCGGAUACCAAGUACGAGAAGGAGAAAUACAAUAACAGCAAUAAAGAAUUACGAGAGCACAUUAAGCAAAUCGAGAGCGAAAGAAGAGAACAAGGAAGAACGUUGGAAGAAUUGUAUCAGAAAAUAGCAGCGUUCGAGAACGCGAAAACGACUGCGGACGUGGAAAGAACGCGCCUGCAGACGCAGGUGCACGACAUGGAACGUGACGCGUUGCAACUGCAGCAUCAGCUUCGCUUCACCCAGGACGAGUUGCAGAAGUGCCACGAGAACAACGCCCAAGCGCAGAACGAGAAGAAGGAACUGCAAGCUAAAUUACUCAACGAAACCGAAGAGAAAGAACGGCUGCAAUUGCAACUGCAUCAGAUGAGGGAACAGGUCGCCGACCUGGAUAAAAGUUUGGAAGUCACGCGACAAGAACUGGGAAAAUUACGCACGCAAGCGGACAAGGAAGACGAGAGAUGGCGAGCUCGAGAGCAAGAGUUGUUGGUAUACCUCGAGGAAAGUCAUUCUCACGAAAGAAAGUUGGAAGGUCAAAAACACAACUUGGAAGUAUGCUUGGCCGACGCUACGCAACAGAUGCAGGAGCUAGAGGCGCGUCUUGGAGGAUCAGAGGGAAGAGUGAGGGCUCUGAAUGCUCAGUUGUCGCAGUUGGAGACCGCUAAGAAAGAAGUGGAGCAGAAAUUGUGCAGCGUAGGCUCUACGCUACGCCGUAUCGCUGGUAUUCAAAUGGACGGAAGCGUAAACAUGCCAUUUAAAUUGAGUCCUUCAAGAAGAUGGAGUCCAGCACGCGCACAAGAUCAUGACAGAGAUGUCAUGGAUGUCGAUCCUGAGAUUGUUAAGAAAGGAGUACGAUCACUCAUGCAACAAGUCGUUCAAAUUGAACGCGAAAGGGACGAUAACAAAACCGAACUGAGUAGUUUGAAGAAACAGUUAAAGGAGUUCCAAGAAAACCGGAGCAAUGCAGAUGUAAAAAUCAACAAUCUUUUGGCUAACAUUCGAAUGCUUCAGGAAGAGAAGAACUCUUUGGAAGUAAAACUGAUUCAAAAGCAAACUGGUUAUCAGGCACAGAUGGAUACACUUCAACAAAAGACACAAGAGUGCGAACAAUUACACGAAAAACUUGUGAGCUUGGAAUUGAAGAUUGGCAGUGAAACGGAAGAAAAAUCUCAAUAUGAGGAUAAAUUGGAGAAAAUGAAACAAGAACUAAACAGAUUAGAAAGCGAAAAACGCAGUCUUCAGAAGGAAAUUCGGCACAACGAAUCUCGUGCAACGGAAAUGGGAAUACAGAGAAUGUCCAUGGAUGGAGAUCUACAAAGAUUGCAAAUGAAGUUACAAGAAAAGGAAUCACAUAUUGAAAAAUUGCAAGAUCGCAGUGACGCUCAAAAUCGUACUACGGCAGGUUUAGAGGAGCGUUGUGCAUCUCUGAAAACCACCAUAGAGCAAUUAAAGUCGGCAUUGGAGAAAGCGUCUGUCACAGAAACCGAAUUGAAGUCUGAGAUAGAUUUGUUGCAACUUAAUGUAAAAGAAAUCACUAUUUUCUCUCAGAAUAACGACGAAAAAAUGAAACAGAUGCAGAAACAACUUUCGAAUACUGAAAAUGAGCGUAGAAUAUUAAUCGAGCGUCUAGAAACGGUUCAACAGACUCUGAGUGAUUUGAAACAUACCAAUCAGUCGUUGAUCGAUCAAAAUGCACGAUUGCAGACCGAACUAGCUAAUAACGAAGUGCAGCGAUCGGCUUUAGAAUCGCAAUUAAGAUUAUCUACCACCUGGCUGCCAGAAAGCAGCGAGAUUAAGGAUGAGGAACUACUGCGUCAAUUGAGAGCCUCUCAAAGAGAAAGAAGCGAGAUGAGAGGAAAACUAGAUGCUCUUAACAACAAGGUGAAGCUGCUGGAAGCCGACAAACGUAACUUGGAGCGUCAGAUCACUGCGGUGAAGAGCGGCGUUAUUCGAAGCAAGAGUUACGAACGCCCGGAGAAGGCGCAUAUAGAACUUCUGGGUACCAGUUACAGUAUCGAGAGCUUGGAGCACGAGAAUAGAGAAUUACGAUUGAGAAUACACAAAUUGGAGAACCAACUGGCGGAGAAAGAGACCGAACUUAUACGAGUGAAGUCGAGUUACAUCCAUUCUUCUCACUCGUUGUUGGACAGAGACAGAUGCGGGGAAUUAGAACGAAUUAGAGCCGCGCAACUGCAGGCUGAGAAAUUGCUGGAGGCGAGAGAACACAGCCACCGUCAGCAAGUAUCACGUUUGGAAAAUCAGAUACAAUUGCUGAAGGAGCAACUAAAUCAAGAGAUCAAACGCAGGCAGCUGUACGUUCUACGGAGCUCACGCGCCGGCAGAGAGAUGCAACAAUUGCGACAGGCAUUGGGCGAUUCUCUGAGAACCGUAGCACAGGAUCCAUCGCUGGACGCGGUAUUGUUGGAGCACGAAGCGCGCAAAUUGGACUCCGCCUUGACGAGUACUGCUAGUUUACCGCCGUCAUUAGCCCUGCCCGCUCCGCAGCCCUACAGGUCUAGCACUCCGCAGCCGAAAUAACGCAAGAAAUAAUCUGACUGAAUUUUUCUCCAAAAACUGCCAGUCAUCGAGUAGUACUUAUGUAUCCAAUUAUUACGUUUUUUGAGAAUAUUUCGGUACAAUAAUCCAUGCGUACGUAAGAAUAUCGUUGAGCGUACGCUUGAUUAUUGCAAGUCGAGGUCGUUACUUAAGAAGAAACAUAUAAGAUCAUCACGAACUAGUAGAACUAUAAAUUAAUAGUGCUUCUUGAUAUUCUCUCCGUACGAUUAAGACCGAUUUGCGAACAUUUUGAUGACGAAUAUUUCAUUUGAUAUACAAUCUUUACAUUGAACGUAUUAUCGGAUCAGAUUUUUAUCAAGUUUUCUUAUACGACUUUAUGCUUCCAAUGAUUGACGUUAAUUGACGGCUGCAAGAUUCUGACAGAUAUGACUUAUUAAUACGCGUGAUGAACAUUUUUGUGAUAUUACAUAAUAUAUACGCGCAUUCUGCAAGAAUGAUUAGCUGAAAUGAUAGUGAUACAUCUUUCUUUCACUAUAUCUGUUUUUAUCUACUGAUUAUAAAGACACUGUCAGUAUAAGAGUCAGAUUAAUAUUAAUAUUCAACAAUCACAUAUAUGUAUGUACAAUGCAUAUAUGCAUAUACAAGUCAUCUCAUGAUCGUCAUAAUUUCGUCGUCAUAAUUCAUAACAUUUAUUUAUCGAAGCGUUUUUACUUAUUUAUGUAUGCGUUAGUACUUUAAUAUAUUUAUUAAAUCUAAUUUAUUUAAUAUUCGACAAGAUUGCGUAGCAAAAGAUGUCAACACAAGUAUGUACCGAUUCAAACGAUCCAUUAAUAUCGUUACUUGCCAAUUUAUUAUUUUAAUGAACAGCGUACGAUACUGUAUUAUUUUAAACAGAAAGGAGCAAUGAUGAAGGAACGAAGCACGUAUGCUUGAGACUCAUAUAUAUAAUGAGAAGUACUUAUAAAGUAGGCGGCAGCAGUAAGAGACAAAAUGCUAUUGUUUAGUCUCGCUCUGAGACCAAAGAAAAUCAGCAAGCAGGAGCAUUGUAGAGAAACGCUUCCGAUUAACUGAUAGAGACACAAAAGCACUGUGCCAUUUGCUAAUAUAAAGUGUAGUGAACGGUAUGCCGUAACACGGAGGAGGAUUAAAAGCACAGACAUAGGUGACAGAGAGAGAGAGAGAUAGAGAGGGGAGUGGACUGUGUCUGUUCUUUACUAUUGAGAAUAUAGACAUCCAGUCCUGCACUAUAUGUAGUCUGCCUCGAUUGAGCCGUCUUGGGCUUAAUGAUAUACAGAUCGAGAGUAUUAAGGAAAUAUCGUUUAUGCUUCGCGCAAAGCAAGGUUUUACCGAGCAAGAGAUUUUAAUGUUGAUGAAAAAGUAAUUGUCAGAAUUUUAAAUUCAGAGAAAAUCGUCAAUUUUAAUUUACGAGUGGAGAGAGGAGUGACGGGGAAUUUCAUUUACAUUAAUCAAAAAAUCGAAUCACCUCUCUUUUGUAGAGAUCUAUGUUUUCAAUCAGACAUAUAAUUGCAUGAAGUUCAUGAGUUAAGCAUACCAUCGCAAAUACAUCGACUUUAGUGUUGUAUUUCGCGUUUGAUUGAAAUAUUAAAAUUUAUAAGCGAGAGCUAGACAUUCGACGUUGCGUAGGAAAAUUAUGUUACGUAUUGUAUGUAUCGUUGAAUCCUGUAUGUUUCGUUCAUGUUCACACUUCUUUAGAAAUAUGCAUAAUACAAGUAUCACAAAUCU